CCGGUUUUCCAACCUUCUUCCCUCCCAAAGGUGCGACUCGACUCUCACCAACUCCCACAAUUUUCCAAUUUGGCAAAUCGCCCACCACCUAACAACACCAACCCAACCGGGGGCGGCCCUUUUCAUUCUUAUACCCAGAUCUCUGAAUCUGUUCUUGACUCGCUCUUUUGCUUCAAUUCAUCUCACAGGAGCAAUAUUAUGGCUGCGCAAACAAGAAUCGGCCUUGCUGGUCUGGCUGUCAUGGGCCAGAACCUAGCUCUCAAUAUUGCGGAAAAAGGAUUCCCCAUUUCAGUCUAUAAUCGAACUACCUCCAAGGUUGAUGAGACUGUUGAGAGAGCAAAGAGAGAGGGAAACCUUCCACUCUAUGGCUUUCAUGAUCCUGAAUCUUUUGUUAAUUCAAUCCAAAAGCCUCGGGUGAUAGUCAUGCUAGUCAAAGCCGGGGCGCCAGUUGAUGACACAAUCAAGACUCUUUCUGCUUACAUGGAGAAAGGUGACUGCAUCAUUGAUGGUGGGAAUGAGUGGUAUGAGAAUACCGAGAGGAGGCAGAAGGCAAUGCUUGAAAAGGGUUUGCUCUAUCUUGGAAUGGGAGUUUCGGGAGGCGAGGAAGGUGCAAGAAAUGGACCUUCGAUGAUGCCUGGAGGUUCCUUUGAGGUGUACAAGUACAUUGAAGACAUCCUUCUCAAAGUGGCGGCUCAAGUUCCCGACAGUGGUCCUUGUGUGACAUAUAUUGGAGAAGGUGGAUCAGGUAACUUUGUUAAGAUGGUCCACAAUGGAAUCGAGUAUGGUGAUAUGCAGCUAAUUGCAGAAGCAUAUGAUGUGCUGAAAUCAGUUGGAAAGCUUUCAAAUGAGGAAUUGCAUAAGGUGUUCACAGAAUGGAACAAGGGCGAGCUUCUAAGCUUCCUGGUCGAAAUAACUGCUGAUAUUUUUGGAAUCAAAGAUGACAAGGGAGAAGGGUAUUUGGUUGAUAAGGUUUUGGACAAAACUGGUAUGAAAGGGACUGGGAAAUGGACAGUGCAGCAAGCUGCUGAUCUAUCCAUUGCAGCACCCACCAUUGCAUCUUCGCUUGAUGCAAGGUUUCUUAGUGGUCUGAAGGAGGAAAGGGUCCAAGCUGCUGAAGUGUUCAAGUCUGGUGGGUUUUCCGAUAUUUUGAGUGAACAGGUUGUGGACAAGGAGAAGCUGAUUGACGAUGUGAGGAAGGCUCUCUAUGCUUCCAAGAUUUGCAGCUAUGCACAGGGAAUGAAUUUAAUUCGUGCAAAGAGUGUUGAGAAAGGAUGGGGGCUGAAGUUGGGAGAACUUGCUAGGAUUUGGAAAGGAGGCUGCAUUAUCCGAGCCGUGUUCCUUGAUAGGAUUAAGAAGGCAUAUGAUCGUAACCCCGAACUGUCUAACCUUCUUGUGGAUCCUGAGUUUGCGAAGGAAAUCAUUGAGCGCCAGACUGCAUGGAGAAGGGUUGUGUGUCUAGCUGUCAGCUCUGGCGUUAGCACUCCUGGUAUGUCAUCUAGUCUUGCUUAUUUUGACUCAUACAGGAGAGAGAGAUUGCCUGCUAAUUUGGUGCAGGCGCAAAGAGACUACUUUGGUGCUCAUACUUAUGAGAGAACCGACAUGGAAGGAUCGUUCCAUACUGAAUGGUUCAAGAUUGCCCGACAGUCGAAGUACUGAGUCGUUUCCUGACGUCUUGAAGCUUGUUUCUAGCAUAAUAAACCGAGACCAGUCUUUUCGGUGUGGUGAAACUUUUAUCCUUGUUGGAUGUACUUUGGCAGGUUCUAACUGCUUUCUGUUGUAACGAUUUUAAAGAUUUUACAUUUGCUACUUUGGUUGAGAUAUGUCACCCCCUAUGGGAGUUCUAUCAUAUUGUUGGAAAUUUGAUGUUUAUUGAGAAAUUGAAAUAUGAUGGCUUUAUUCUCAGU